UCAUAAUAAACUGGUACAUACAUAUCUCACAGAAACCUUCGCAGCGACUCGCGUCAUUCCGACCUCUGGGACUGGCAGACGAUCUGUGUCGGACUGUCAGCUCCAAUGGAGAUGAAGGUUUGAAUCCCACUGUUUGGUCUACUUUGUUCGAGGUCGAGAUCGGAAAACUAAAUCCGAAGCACGUAGACGAAUAUCCCCGUGGACCACCGGAUCAGGUGCGUCAUAGAUCGUUUCAGCCAUUCCAGAUGGCUCCUGCUGCCGUUUUUCUGACCUCCCACCGAUGAUCGCUUAUCCUGCCACAUCACUUCGCGUUCCCCCCGAGCAUCAACCUCGAUCGGGGUGAACUUUGACAAACUAAAGCAGUCGCAGAGAUUCAAGAGUCAUCGUCCUCGUGUCAGCGCCAUCGACAUGAUCGAGCCACAUACAUUCACGCCAUUGGUCGUCACUGAGGGAUUUGAAAUCUCCCUGACUUGUCACUCGAGAAUUUGCUUUCGCUGCUUCUCCGCCUAAAGCAAUUCGGACUACGAAGCACGAGUGAGCUCGAUCGGUGGGACGGCUGUAAAAAUUUCGCGACUGAAACAGGAAAGCGUUGCUCGUCCCACGUCAUAAUGAGUACGUAUGGCCGUUUCUUACUUGCCGGGCCAAUACGUGCACUUAGCAGCGUUUGCAAGGAUCGCAGACCCACCCUCUGCUAACUCGACGUCGAAUAACGUCGUCUGGAUUGCACACAAUCCACUUAGAAUCCUGCCAAUAAACUUGCAGUGGCUGCAGCGUUCUUUGACCCGAUUCCAACCUGGAAUACCCACUCAGCAUUGUCGUCCAUGCCCGGAUUUUCGUGUUGUCGUUCCUGUCUCCCUUGCCGUGCUGAUGGAUUCAUCAUCUCAGGAUAGCUCCUGAUCAAACCCGUCAAUGAGCUAUAUUAGUUGGCAGGUAGAGGUCCAAUGCUCGAUCAGUUGAUCUUGCUGAUAUGAAGUCCCUGCAUAUCAAAGGCUUUAAAGGCUGCCCUGUGCGCUGUGAUCUCGUACAUGCAGCAUUCUAUUAACCAGAUGUCUGAUUUGAAGCCCUACGAAAUAUCAGCAAGAAGUUCUGGACCCAUGUAGUUUGAGGUUCCAACCACAGAGGAAGCCAAGUCAUCCGCUGCCAGCAUUUUCGCUAGCCCAAAAUCUCCAAGUCGGAAGUCAUGAUCCUUUGUGAGAAAAAUGUUGGAACACUUAAGAUCCCUGUGAAGAACGUGAUUUGAGUGCAAGUAGUAUACGGUCCAAGAAAUUGGGCGAACCAUCGACAUAGUCUCUCCUCUGAGAAGUACUGGCCAUUGGCUUUCCUAACAACUUCGGCCAUGUCACCACCUUCACAGUAGCCGGUCACGAUGCAAACGUAUCAACCCUUCUCUACCCAGGCUUCUUUGUCGUCAACGAUAACCGGUUGCUGAAUCCUGGAGUCAAGAGCCAUCUCUGAUGGGCAGAUCGUCGACAUCGGUCCGUCUGACGAGCGAGACGGAUCUUUAUGAAGACAUACUUCUUCUUUUCGAGCCUGUAAUUCACAAGUACUGCAUUUCUAAACGCGCCCCGCCCAAUCUGUUCCAUAAUCUCGUACUGGUCCAUUUUCGACUCCAUUGCUUCAACUGAUUAUUUGACCUUCGGGAUGAGAGGUGGUGACACGGCACAGUCUUUCCUACACAAGUUUCUGUUCACCCAUUCGCAGAUCCACUUCACGUCCAGCCGGGGUGCGAUGCUUGUAUGCAUGAACUCUGGUCCGCUUUCCAUGAAUCAUGUGUUAGCUAUCUAAGCUACCAAAGGUAUCGACACGCUUUCUACACCAAUGCCAGUCUAAGUUAAGAAAAGAAUUUGCUUUGGGAGUUAUUAUCUCUAAAUAAAUGGCGCCCGUCUUAAAGGAAUGUGCCCAUCAGGACACGACGAAAUUAACAGAAAAGUGCACGAAUCAUAAACAGAUGUGAGGGAAGAAUAUGCUUGAAGUAAAGAAAACUGGGGACGAUACUGACACUCGAGAUUUGUCAGCGGAUUCUCUUCCUUUUGAUGGUCUGGUCGAGAAUCCCCGUUAUGCAGAAUCCAGUGAGGAGGACUCGUGCAGGUUUCGGAUCAAGUCAUCAGAAACAGGAAGUACGACACUUUGCACUAGAACCGGGUUCAAAAUAGAGGGCCAGGACCGAACGAAAACACGACACAGCUUAACGAAGUAGCGGGACCUUCUACUUUAUCACAGUGAUUACACCGCCGUGCUUCUUUCGUCCCUCCACCCUCCUCCUCUUCCUUCUUCCCAGUGCACACCAACACCAACAACGACGACGAAGACGACAUCACUCGACAGCCUGCGCAUACACUACAACGAGCCCUCGGACUACCACCAGGCCUUUCGAGCUCAAAACUUCUGUACAACGAUCCUGACAAGCCGCUUGAAAGCCGAUCUGUUGGGGCUACAACCCUCGCCCCCCACUCCUUCCUUUGAACGACGCAGCUUCGGCAGGAAGACACCAUACGAACAAGAAGAAGAAAAAGAAGAAGACGCCACAACGGUGUGAGAUGCACCACCACUAUCAGAACCCCUGAUGCACGCCACCCCUUCCGCCAGGCACUGCGAAGGCGUGCUCACACUCGACGACGCCAGCUCCAUAGAAACUCCCCAACAGCAAGCGGCACUCGGCCACCUGUCACCUCCUCCCACUCCCUACUCCAAAAUCACAAUCCUCCGAUUCUUUCCUCCCUCCCACAGAGACAAUACCAACACCCAAAAAAACCUCGAACCAAAUCACUCCUCCGCUUCUCCCCUCCCUGCACUCCGACACAUUCCAUCAAACCCCGAUCCCCACCGCAGAAGCAACGCCACUCCUCGCCACGCAACAAGAGCCACCAACCUCGACCACUGCGUCGAAACGAAACGAGACUGCCACAAGACACGACGACUUCCCCAUUCGAAAGUGCACCCAAUUGUCGUCCUCGUGCUCCUCCUCGAGCUCAAGCUCAAGCUCGUGCUCGUCUUCGUCUUCGUCCUCCUUCUCAUUACCCAAGAAAUCGGUUCAAACUUUACUCUUCUCCACAAAAAAUCCUCAGAAGUUACAAAUCAAGGGCCGAGACGAAACUAGCCGCUACACUUCGUUAUCUCUACAGAAUGCGCUCGAACCAGACGGAAGAGAUUGACACCACCACCCCUGUCACUCUCACUCACACACACUCUCGUCUCUCCUAAAGUCAUUUAUUGGUUGUGGCUUCUUGAUUUCUUGUUUCUUGAUGUCGUUACAGAAAAGCAAAAUCAAGAAAUCAAUAACCUCUAUUUCCUGACACGCUCCUCCGCUGCAGAUACUUUGAUGGAGUAACGUUUAGGCAAACGUUACUAAUUCAAAGAAAUUCUCCUACCUAAUUUUAAAUUCAAGCGUGAGCACGUA